UAGAGUUGUUGGUCUCGUUGGUGUCGGAACACAAAGAACUAUAUGACAAACGUGACAGCGAUUACAAAAAUCUUGAUAAAAGAGAACUGUUAUGGAGUGGUAUUGCACAGCAAAUGGGCCUUGAUGUGGAGGAGGUAAAACACAAAUGGAAAAGCCUGCGAGAUACAUAUACACGAAAAAAGCGCGAAGAUGAUUGCCGAAGUGGACAGGCUGCUAAAAACAAGAAGACGUGGAAAUUUAUGAAGGUCAUGGAGUUCCUCGCAACAUCAACUGAAUUUCGAAGUGUUCACAGCAAUAUUUCUCCUGAAAAUAUGGAUGAAGGGGUUGAGCAAGUGGUGGUUCAAAAAGAAGUCAGCGACAGAGAAGAAGCAUCAGCAAGCACAUCUCCAGGAUCAUCCUUCUCCAGCCCAACUGUGACCAGGUCUACUUUAAACAAAAGAAAACGGCCAGAGACACCAGACUUGUUGGACCGGUACCUUUUAUUCAAAGAAGCCAGGGAAAGUGAGAAAGAGGAACGCAGAAGAGAGAAAGAGGAGCGCAGAGAGCAACGAAGAGAGCAACAAAAUGAUGAAAAUUACUUGUUUGCUCUUGGCUUCAUACCAGCACUAAGGAGAUUGUCCCCAGCCGUACAGUCUUCAGUCAAAUUAAAAAUACAUCAGCUGUUGCAUGAUGCUGAGUUUGGCCAGGCCUCUUCUGCUUUUUUUCCACAGCAGUCGCCGGUGUCCUACCAUCAGGUCCCCCCACAGACCCCAACAAACUAUGGCUGCUCUACAACUUCUUGGUUACCCUAAUAGAUGUUUACUGUAUACAUUUUAAUUCUGUAUUUUUUUGUUUGUUUUUUUACAUUCAAGAAAUUUAGUUGAAAAUGGCCAUUUCAUAAAUGUUUAUUUGCACUAUUGUUCACUUGCACUACAGUCAUUGUGACUUAUUUGCACAACCUUUUCUGACUCCCUUUUUUACUUUAUGUUUGUGAUUGUUAUUGCAACUUGUAGUUCAUUAAAAA